ACUAGGAUCAGCUGUUCUUCAAAACAAAGUAUUUCGAGACGGUCACAAUGAUGUGAAGAGGAUUUUUAUGUGAUUCCAUUUCGAUUAAUUCAUUUCAUUUUCACUUUUGGUUUGAUUCCAUCGACUCAGAAGUGACUGCCAGUUAUUUUUGUUUUAGCUUCAGACAUAUAUGCUGCCAUAUACAAGUUUGUAAGAAUGGGACCUCCAGUUCACACAUUGUCUUCUUCAGAUGAUUCUGAUGACAGCUUGCCAGACUUGGAAACAUUUCCUCAAAGGAAGAAACCAUUUCAUAAACACAUGAAGGCUCAAACGCUUAGCUCAGAUGAUGAAGAUAAUAAGGAGAAUGAAGUAAGGGUCGAUGAUGAGGACAAUGUUACCAAAAAGCAACAGAAAGCUUAUACAGAUGAUUCAGAUGAAGAAGAGCUUUACAAGAGGAAUGAAUUGAUUAUUGAUGAUGAUGCUAUUGUUAUUGUAGAAGAAAACACGCAGCAAAAUUCAAAGAAAAAUGAGUUUAAGUUUUCAAUGGAUCCUUUAGAUGCAUUUAAUGAAGAUCUACCAGACAUCCAUGACUUUACACUCAUUUCUUCUGAGGCUAAACAGUUUAGUGAAGAAGAAGAGGAGAAAGAAAAGGAAACACAACCACUGAAGCCACUAACAAAAAAAUCAAGGAAAGAGGAAGUACAAAUGGAGAAAGAAGCUAAACGUAGAGAAAGGGAGGCAAUGAGACUUAAAAAGGCUGCUGAGAAAGCUGAAGCAAAAGCGCAAAGAGAGGCAGAGCGAACAUCCAAGCGUGCUAUGAAACCUGGGGAGUGUAUGAAAUAUGUCAUAGUGCAGUUGGAUCGUCGCCUCUUGGAGCUUGCAGAAGGAAGCCAAGUAAUUAGCCAGCUUCAAGAAGCAGAUUUACGCUAUAGGGUCAUUGAUUCUCCAGUGGCUGCUACUACUACAAUACUCCGAGUUGAUCCCCUCACGUUACAGGAAACUCUAACAGAGGAAGCAGUAUUACUACUUACUGCAAAUGAACUUGUUGAACUUGUAGAGCGGCAGGUUUAUGAAAAUGGUAUUGGUGGUUUGUGCCAGAAAUGCAAGUCAUGGAAAAGAGAACUCGGUAUCUCAAAACUAACUCUUCUUACCUGUGGGAUUGAGAGCUAUCUAAGGAAUCAAAAGACAAACAGAAACCAGAAUUUCCGAGCGGAUAUCUUAGGAGAAGGCAGCAGACCUGGACGUGGUAGGAAGAGGAAAGUCCCUGGUGGCAACACUGGUAGAGCUGCAGCAGAGCGGGUUAGUAGAGUUGACAUAGAGACAGCACUUGUGAUGGCACAGGUUGAGGGUGGCAUAAAUCAUCGUUUAAUGCCUGAUGCCAAUAAAGUUGGCCUCUUCAUCACCCAGGUCACAAAAGCUGUUGCUGAAACACCUUUCAAGCGAGAAAAAGGAGGAGCCUCAUUUUCCUGGUAUGCAGAAGGCAGCAGUACUAACACAGUCAAAAUAGACAAAUCUGGAGUUGGACUCUUAAAGCUGUGGCAUCAACAACUGCGUCAGUUUAAUAAUGUAGGAGUAGAAGUUGCACAGGCAAUAGCCAGAGAAUAUUCAUCACCCUGUGCUUUAGUGGAGGCAUAUAGACAAUGUAGUUCAACCAAGGAAGCUUCCCUGUUGCUUGCAGACAUUCCAGUAAGAAGAGGUGCUGGGCCACUUGUCUCAACAAGAAAAAUUGGACCAGAGCUUUCAAAGAAGAUCCACUUGUUUUUUACUACAACACAACCUGAAGUCAGCUUAGGACAGAAAACUUAAUUUGAAAAGGAUUGCAGAUGUAAUUACUUUGUUUUUUAUAUUAAAAUAUGUUUUUAUGUAAUUAAAGUAAUGUGGUUCUUUCCUCCCAGAAAUAUGAAAGAAAAGGAUACGUAAAUAAAAUGCGCAAUGACAUGGCUACAUCUAAUAUAUGCUGCCUUACUUUUUUAUUACUCUUUUCAACCCCUUUAAGCAAUCCAAAGUUUCCAAGGUAGGAACCCUGUGACCUAUAAGAAUGGUAUAACCAGGAGUGGUAUAACAAUAGCUUCUGGUGCAUCUAUAAUUUGUGAUGAGUUUGAAAACUUUUUAUAAUGUUAUUGACAAUAUUACAAAAGAUGAAGUGAAUAUAGAGAGCACUGGAUAAGGCAGUGUUUUUAAAUAAUAAGAAUAAUUACAAUUAAACAUUAAACAAACAAAAUUCACUUGCAUAUGCUUCAGUAUUCAGUUCAAAGACUGAAACAAAAUAUUGAAUGUAUUGGCAAGAAUUUCUCAUUUAAUAAGUAUUGGAUUAUAGGUUCACUUACAUAAAACAGUUGCAUAGAUUUGUAAUACGUCUUGAGAAAAUAGUGUCUAAUAAUAUUUCCAAGGUCAAAAAUAUUUAUAAUUAACACCAUCAUUAAUUAUAUUUAAUAUCACCUGCAUAAUCAUAUUCUUUUCUCACAGUAAGUGUCAUAGUUGUAAAUAGUGUCUCAUCAUUAUCUUCAGUAUCACUGCCCCUAUCACCAUUAUUGUCUUUCAAUUUCUUUUACAAAAAAAAAUAUAUAGGCAGGAUCGCAAACUGAUUGAUGCCUUAGUUACUAUAUUUGCAAGAAAGAAUAGCCAGGAUGCAAUAUUGAUGUUUUAGUAUUUCAAGAGAUUCCUUUCUUGACCAUCAGCAUGACUUGACCUAAGAGUCAAAUAAGGUGAUUUCUCACAGGCCUGUAAAACAUCA